AUGUUAUCCAGUAUACAAGAUUAUGCUCCUAAUGUAGAUAAUAUACAAAAUCACAUUACAACAAGUUUGGAAGAAUAUUUGCAAAAUUCAAAAGCAAAAUGGUUAAUAAUGGUUGGAAAAGUGAAAAAAAGUGUUAGUUACAUUGAUGAUGAAGUUCAUGAUACUGAAUGGUUUUGUUCAGUAUUUGACAAUAAAUCUCAUAUCCAAAUUCAUGCUAUCAGACUGUAUAAUUUUUAA